AGGCCGAAUUCUGACCGGGUUUGGACUUUGGACCUACCCAUUGCCUUGCCCCAUUCUCACUUUCUCGGGAAACAAACGGCAAGAAAAUGUUGCAGUUAAAAAUCAUUUUAAUACUCGUUCUUUAUUAAUCAAAAAUUAAAACCCUCCACUAAAACAUUUUUGUAUCCCGCGCAAUCUCUCUCAAAACCAAUUGCCUUUCCCUUCCUUUUCCUUCGGUCUACCUAGGGCUCUCGUAUGUCGUCUCGUAUACCAAUUCUCGAACCUUAGAUCCGGACACCAUAGAAUUCUUGACCCGCCGCCGUCUGUUUCGUUUUUAUGGAGGAAGAGAAGGCAGUUGGCGGUGGCGGUGGCGGUGGCGGUGUUGAGUCGUCGAGGGCUUCGUCGUCGUUCGUCAAGGCGGGAGACCGGCAGGUUUUCACGGUGGAGCUCCGACCCGGAGAGACCACCAUUGUAUCGUGGAAGAAGCUUCUGAAAGACGCUAACAAGGUCAAUGGAUCUACCUCCUCCUCCGUUCCGGAGCCGCCCGCCAACGUCCACCCCGCUCUCGAGUCUUGCAUCGUUCCGGGACAGCCAACUGAGAAUGAAGAGAAUGAUGCAGCUGCUCCAAAUCGUUUUAGUGCCGUCAUUGAGAAGAUUGAACGUCUCUACAUGGGUAAGGAUAGUAGUGAUGAUGAAGAUUUACGCAAUCUUCCUGAUGAUGAUCAAUAUGAUACGGAAGACUCUUUCAUAGAUGAUGCUGAGCUGGAUGAAUAUUUUGAAGUUGAUAACUCAGCUAUAAAACAUGAUGGGUUUUUUGUUAAUAGGGGAAGUUGGAACGCAUAUUCUGAAAGAAUCAAAGAAAGUGAAGCUCUAAACGAACCUACUGUAUUACCUAACCAGCAACCAAAGAAGAGGCGCAGAAAAGAUUUGGGAAAGGGUCAUGGUGGAAAUGAUGAAUUUCACGCAUCAUCUAAACAUGUAAGGAAGGACAAGACGGCAGCUGCAAAUAUGAAGGACUCUUCUAGUCCCUCACAAAGUUUGGCUGUAACAAGUGAACAUUUUCAAGAUGUGAAAAUCCAGAAUCAAUUGGGUGCUACUGGAAUUUCUUCCAAAAAGAAAUCUGUUGAUGUUGAUACCAAAAUGAUAUUUGAUCCCUCUGUAUCUCAAAAAGUUUCUAAUGGUGAUGCUUCUGUAUCUCUAGCUGAAGUAAGGGAUGUUGAUAGGCAGAAGACAGGAGUCAGUCAAUCUAGGAACCUUGUUGACAAAUUGAAAGAAGCAAGUGCAUCCUGAAGCUUCCAGCAGAAAUACCUUGACAAUAGUGAUCAUGUACAAUCUAAAUCUCUAUCUGGAAGGCCAUCAAACAAUGAUGAUCAGUUGGAAUUGUCAAUUAGGCCGAAAGAAAAGAAUGGCAUCCGUGAACCAUCUGACAACAAAUUUUCUGUGGAUAAGUAUGCCAUGCAAAUGACAAAAUCAACCACACAUAGAAAGGAUAAUACUAGCGCUAGGCCAAAAAGUUCACUAGAAAAGGCUAUCCGAGAGUUAGAGAAGAUGGUUGCUGAAUCGAGGCCACCGGCUAUUGAAACUCAAGAGGCAGAUUCUUCAUCCCAGGCAGUUAAAAGGAGAUUACCUCGAGAAAUAAAGCUGAAACUGGCAAAAGUUGCUAGACUAGCGGCAAGCCAAGGGAGAAUAUCCAAGGAGUUACUUAACCGCCUUAUGAGCAUUCUUGGACAUCUAAUUCAGCUCAGAACAUUGAAGAGAAACUUGAAAGUCAUGAUUAGUAUGGGUUUGUCAGCGAAACAGGAGAAAGAUAAUAGGUUUCAACAGAGAAAGAAGGAAGUAGUUGACAUGAUUAAAAUGCGGGAGCCCUAUUUGGAAUCGAAGGCAUUUGUGCAGCAAGCUGGAGCAUCAGAUGACUUUCAAGAAUUUUGUUCUGAAGAAAAAGGAGUCUUUAGAAAGAAAUUUAGUAUGGAUGCUGCAUUAGAAGACAAAAUUUGUGAUCUCUAUGACCUUUUUGUUGAUGGGCUGGAUGAAGAUGCAGGUCCACAAAUUAGGAAGUUAUAUGCAGAGCUUGCAGGAUUGUGGCCAGUUGGUUUCAUGGACAACCAUGGGAUCAAAAGAGCGAUUUGCAAGGCAAAAGAGAGGCGGAGGGCACUGCAUAGCAGACAUAAGGAUCAGGAAAAAAUCAGAAGGAAGAGGAUGCUGGCACCUAGAAUAGAGGAGACUGUUCGAGCGGAGGGUAAUUCAAUUGUGCAGCCACAGUCUAUGCGUGAGCGCAUAUCUUCAGAAACUGGCAGCCAUGGUUUAACUUCAGCAGACAGGCCAGUUUCUAGUUCAACAGCAGCAGUCAGGAUGCAGAGCCCCUCAACAUAUGGUCCUCUUAUCUUGGACAGGAUAAAACAAGAGAAGUUAAAGGGAACCUCGAGCAAUUCCCUGGAUGAUGCAAGGGUGUCUGAUGGUGGAAUGAUAAAGAAGAAGGUAAAGCGGAAGCCAGAACUGGACCUAAACGAAACCCAUUACCGGCCCGAGAAGUUACCUUCUCAAACGGGAGAGGAGAGACACAAGUCCCUCAAGCAGGCUGCUGCAGGUCUUCCCGGCCAUAAAUCAAACCUUCAGACAACUCCUCCAAACGUUGAGCAGUCAAGCUGACUUUGAUUAUAGCUCGAUUAGAAGUUUACAUCUUAAUAUCUUCGUGUAACACAAGUAUUUUUCUUUUCUUUUCUUUGGUGGGUGCGUCAUUCAUUAUCAUGACCAUCAGAUUUUUACCAUUUUUGUAAGUAUAUGUUCUUCGAUGGAGCCCUGUGGAUUAAAGAUUUUA